AAUAAAAAAGGUUUACCGUUGGAAAAUAAGACAUCAACGGUAUGAGUCAAAUUUAAAAAGGUGAGUCUUCGAUAACCUAUUGAAAUUAUAUCUGUACAUUUUACUCUUAAUAGUAAAUAAUAUAAACUUGAAAGAAAUAACAAGGCGCAAAACUCAACCAACCAAGCAACUAUUUGGACUAAAAUACGCCUCGAGUGAUGUUACAUUUGCCAAAUAAAAGACACAUUAUAUGAAACAUCAUCAGUUCGGAAUAUUCUCUAAAUUAAAACUGCGACCUUGUUUGUUAUAUAGUAAUAUCUGGACGUCUGUAUUUGGGGAAGGGUGUUUAUUUUCCGUAUGUUGCGACGCUCUUCUUAAAAGCUGUUUUUGAUGGCUAUUUUCCUGGAGUCAACCACGUGCUUGUUCCAGCCAAUCACCUCGCAUCACUUUGACUCGGAAACAGGACCAAUAAGAGGCGAUCAAAGGCGGGGCCUUUGACAGCUGACAUCAUCCCGGACCAACCGAGAGACCUUCUUGCGGAGGCCGGGCGGAAACAAGCGCCAAUGGACUUUGCUUUGUGACUAAAUGGGCGUGGCUUACCGCGCCUACUUGAGUGAAGCAGCCCUGAAACUGAUCGCGAACUGUGGCUCUGCAAUGCACCGUGACUUUGCAAAACAACUGAAACCCUGCGCCAAGAUGGCGACAAAAGACUCCAGUUUCGAUUUCCGCUGAGCGAAGAGGGGCGGGUCUAAAUCUGCAUCACAGCUGAUCUGGAGGUUUUCCUCCCCUCAAGUUGUUUUUUUGCAGAGAGCAGCUUUGCAGAGAUUCACCAGGGAUCUCACUGUUGUUCUCCUGCCCUCGAACUUGUUUUUAAGCGUAUGUUUUCUCACCUCGUUUGUUUUGCUGCCUUCGAUCGGAUCCGAACCCCAGCGCACAUUCAAAAUGCCUGCAGUUCUUUGCAGGAUACACUGCUUUUAUGGCAAUUUUUCACUGGAAUACGCUUGGCUGGUUGUGGAUUCUACCCGAGUCUGACCCAGUUUUAGUGCAUCCACUGCGUGAAGAUGUAUUCGGCAGCAGAGGUGAGGUCCCGUUGGUUUACCUCAGCGGAGGAGACCCCAGGAGCCGCAGCCGCCUCCUCGACCCUGGAGCUCAGCCUCACCAGCGUCUACACGCUCCUCUACUCCUUCCUCUUUGUGUUUGUUUACCUGCAGCUCUGGCUCAUUUUGCACUAUGGACACAAGCGUUUUAGCUUCCAGAGCGUGUUCUUGUUCCUGUGUCUGGUGUGGGCUGCGCUCAGGGCGACCCUCUUCUCCUUUUACUUUAAAAACGUGGUGCAGGCCAAUCAGUUGCAGCCCCUGGUCUACUGGCUGCUCUACUGCUGCCCCGUCUGCCUGCAGUUCUUCACCCUCUGUCUGCUCAACCUCUACUUCACACAGGUGAUGUUCAAGGCCAAAGCCAAAUAUUCCCCCGAACUCACCAAAUAUAGGGUUCCCCUGCGUCUGUUCUUCCUAUUUUUAAGUGUAUGUUUCCUGGUAGUAAAUUUAACUUGUGCAUUAUUAAUACAAGGAGCGCUGGAGCGCGCAGAGUCUCCGAGUGGUGGGGAUGUGAGACAUGCAGUCCUGGCCCGGGUGUUGAUCAAUGACAGUCUCUUUGUCCUGUGUGCCGUCUCAUUGGCUGUCUGCAUUUACAAAGUUGCGAAGAUGUCGUCCGCUAAUGUGUACCUGGAGUCCAAGGGGACGUCCGUGUGUCAGGCCACAGCGAUUGGGGCCGUGGUCAUUCUGCUCUACACGUCUAGAGCCUGUUACAACCUGGUGGUGGUGACGCUGUCCCCGCAGGACCAGCCGAGCCCGUUCAAUUAUGGCUGGUACAGUGUCUCUGACCAGGCAGACGUGCAGGAACUUACCGGGGAAACGUACAUUGUGUUUGGUAUCAUUCUGUUCUUCUGGGAGUUGCUGCCCACCACCCUCGUGGUGGUUUUCUUCAGGGUCCAGAGACCAAACCAGAACCUGGCACCAGGGGGAAUGAUCAACAGCCACAGCUUCACAUCUAGAGCCUACUUCUUUGACAAUCCUCGACGAUACGACAGCGACGAUGAUCUUUCUAGAAGCAUCACGAGUCGCGCUGACCGAGCUAGUUUACUCUCCUCCACUCCGCAAGCUGGUAUAUCAAGUUGGUAUGGAUCCAUCCAACGUAACAUGAACCUGAUGGCAGCUGCAGCGCCGACGCUGCAACCGCCGUCCUCCACCGCGCCGCUACUGUUCGCCUACGGAAACAUCCAAAGUCACCACCAUCACCACAACUACUACUCCACUCCCCAGAACAACCACCACCACCAUCAUCACAGUAACUACUAUUCGACACCACAAAACUAUUAUUGCGGAUCGCAAACGUACUACUGCACACCACAGAACUGACCGCUGAAGUCGAUGAGUCAGGAUUCUGCUUCGGUAUUGCCAUGUUGUGAGGAUGUCUGCUUUGGAUCAUGAGCUGCAAUGGACCUGGAGCUCUUGAGCUCAUGUGUGAUCGUGUCACCAGUUCUGUCACACCAUCCACCGGGGACCAGGCCAUCACUCUUCUUUUUUUCCACAUUCCAAAAAAAAAAAAAAAAAUAUGGUCCAGUCAUGCUUUCCGUCACUAUUAUAACUGUCCAAUCUGGAUGGAAAACGCUGCAGCUUUUACUGUAUAUGCAGAGAGAACAUGACAGGAAACGGGGCAGUCGCUGUUAGCCAACAAGCUAGGAGCAAACCUCGGUUUGAGAACUGCGAUCCGUUUUUUAUUUAAGCUAACUGAAGCAAAACAUUACAUUUAAGGAUUUCAAACGAAUUCCAAAGUAAACGUUAACUUUGGUUUUGCUUCAUUGCAUAACAAAAUUGACAUUUGAGGGAGCAUUAUUGACUUAGCAUUUUAGCAUCAACGGCUAAUUUGCGCUAACCAGCGCGGCCCUGGAAAGUGUCGACAUGAAAGAUGAUGUAGCAAAAAUAAGAGUCGUUCAAGUCUUACUGGGUUGACUCUUCAUUUUCACAAUGAAGUACUUGUAGCCUUUGUACGCUUUUGGACUGAGAGGGUGAAUAUUAAGGUACAACCCUGUGGGACGUUUCUUUCAAACAAAACCACAGCAAUCUAAGAUAAGGGUUUGUUAGACGAAAUUCGGACGUGGCAUAAAUACGUGGGAUAGAAAUGGAUUGGCUUGUCGACGAUUUAAAAUUGAAGAAGUACUAGAAACGUGAUACUUUGUAAACUGUGAUGCAACAUUUAUGCACUUAGUUCACCUUCAAAAUGAAAGCUUUUAACCUGAAUGUAGGAUUUCCUGAAUAGCUAGAAAUAUUUUCCAUGAGAAAGAUUUUCCAUAUUUUGAUAUGCAUCCUUUGUGAAAGGAAUAAUAAUGUGCCAUCUCUUUACCAUGCCAUAUCUUGUAGUUUUAUUCCUGCGGGAAAAUGAUCUUUGCACAAAACUGUUUUUGUUGUUGCUGAUAAUCAAUAAUUCCUAAUACUGUCUUGAGUCAGUGUGUGUGUGUGUGUGUGUUGUGUGACCUUUUAUACAUCUUUUUAUUUGAUUUUUACUUUCUAACGAAACAUAUAGCUUGUUUUUUAAAUCUUUCGAGUCAUAUCUGGUGGUGAGUCUUUUCCUCUAUUGCUUCAAAAUUGUCAGAAAACGAAGGGAAUAUUGCUGCCCAAGCGCUUUUCACCACCUCCCGCCCAUGUGACGUGAAUUUGAGCUUGUGUCCGCGACCUUACUUCCCUUUAUGCGAGCACACUCUGUGAUCAUGAAGUUCUCAUCAUGCGGCGCAUGCAGCAAGAGUAAAACAUUCAGCUUCAUUUCCACAGGAUAUUAUUUGUCUGUAAACUUAUUCCAAGAUGUUAUGGUUGAAUUAUCUGUGGCCAAACUGAAUGUAACCUGAUCACUAAUGAUGUAAGCAAGAAAAGCACUACCAUGUAAAUAAAGUCCAACUGC